UUUUAUUAGACAUCGAAAAAUCCACACUGAUUUGAAACCCUAUGAGUGCAAUGGAUGUGAGAAGGCCUUUAAGUUUUAUUCACAGCUUAUUCAGCGUCAGAUAAUUCAUACUGGUAGGAAACCCUAUGAAUGUAAGCAAUGCGGGAAGGCUUUUAGACGUCAUUCUCACCUUACAGAACAUCAGAAAAUUCAUAUUGGCUUGAAACCCUUUGAAUGUAAGGAAUGUGGGGAAAUGUUUAGAUUAUAUUGACAUAUGUGUCUGCAUCAGAAAAUUCAUCAUGGUGUGAAACCCUACAAAUGUAAAGAAUGCAGAAAGGCUUUUGGUCAUCGUUCAAGUCUUUACCAACAUAAGAAAAUUCAUUCUGAUGAGAAACCAUAUAAAUGUGAACAAUGUGAAAAGGCCUUUGUUCGCAGCUAUCUACUUGUUGAACAUCAAAGAAGUCAUACUGGUGAGAAAACUCAUGAAUGCAUAGAAUGUGGAAAGGCUUUUAGUAGGGGCUCAAGCCUUCUUAAACAUAAGAGAAUUCAUAGUAGUGAGAAACUCUAUGAUUGUAAGGAUUGCGGAAAGCCCUCUUGUAGAGGCUCUCAACUUACACAGCAUCAGAGAAUUCAUACUGGUGAGAAGCCACAUGAAUGUAAAGAAUGUGGGAAGACUUUUAAGCUUCAUUCAUAUCUUAUUCAACAUCAGAUAAUUCAUACUGAUUUGAAGCCAUAUGAAUGUAAGCAAUGUGGGAAGGCCUUCAGUCAUGUUGAAGACCUUAAGACACAUCAAUCAAUUCAUUCUGGGGAGAAACCCUAUGAAUGUAAGGAAUGUGGAAAAACCUUUAGACUUAAUUCUCAACUAAUUUAUCAUCAGACAAUUCAUACUGGUUUGAAACCCUGUAUAUGUAAAGAAUGUAAGAAGGCCUUUCAUUCUAUCUCAGGUCUUUCUCAACAUAAGAGAAUUCAUACUGGUGAAAAACCCUAUGAAUGUAAAGAAUGUGGUAAGGCCUUUAGUCGUAGUGAUCGACUUACUCAACAUCAGAGAAUUCAUACUGGUGUGAAACCACACAAAUGCAAAGAAUGUGGUAAGGCCUUUAGUCAUUGCUAUCAACUUAGUCAACGUCAAAGAUUUCACCAUGGUGAGAGACUCUUAGUGUAAUGAGAGGGAAAGCCUUUAGCCAUGGCACAUUUUUACUGUUGUCACUAUUAUGAUGCUAUAGUGAAGAUUAAACUAGUUAAUAUAGAAUAUAAAUACUUGGAAAGGCAUCUGGCACAUAGUAUUUGCUUACUAAAUACAUUAUUUUUAUGAUAAUUUUUAGAAUUACUAAAAAUAAAUUUUAUAGAAGGAAGACCCUAUGAGUGUGAUAUUUUGAAAAUGUUCUAUCAUCACUUCAUAUAAUUUAUUCUGGACAAAAUCCUGUAGAAUAUAUUAAAUGAAAAAUUUUUAAAUUCAGAAUUCAUACCCCUGAAGAUUAAUGCUGGAAUAAAUACUGUGUAUUUAUUGAAUAAUGAAAGGAUAGCUGUUGAAAACUAGAGAGUGGUUUAAAGAAAUUUUUUCACAAAUCCUAUAAUACAGAUAACAUACAUUUUGCAUCCUCUACAAUUAAAAUAAAUUAAAAAUGAACAGUUAGGUAGCCAGAAGACAGAUAUUAACUUGGAAAAGUUUUCCCCAAGUUUAUGAAAAUGUUAACAUUUACAUACUUACAGAAAAGGUAACUGUUUACAGUGGUGCAGUGAAGGCUUGUUUGCCCUUCACCUAGUUUCAGUACAUCUGAUGUCUCUCUUAUGUGUAUACUAACACAUAUAUACACACAAAUACAUAUAUACCCAUGCAUGUCUCAUGUCUAUGUAUAUACACAGACACAUAUAUAUAUCAUACUUAUUACACAUUAAUAUAUAUAUUACAUACAUCAUUUUUCCUGUUUUUUGAGUGAAUGUUUUAGGUAUCAUUCACCUCUAAAAAAGGCAACAUACAACUGCUAGGAUCAAAGAUAAUCUUCUAGAUGUCUACUAAACCACUGUCACAAAAAAAUUAACAGUAACCCUGUAAUGUCUUAAAAUAUUCACUCCAUUUGCAAAUUUCUCCAGUUUUUAAAAUAACGUCUUUUAGCACAGGCUUUUUCACAAGCCAAGAACCAAACUAAUCUCAUAUAUUUUAUAUGAUUAUGGCUUAUUAAGUCUCUUUUAGUCAAGAGCCUACCCUUCAUCAUUUUGUGACACAGACUUUUUGAAGACUUUAGAUUUGACCUAAAUAGUGUUGCACAUCCUGUGUUUGUCUUAUUGUUUCUGGAGGUGUGAUUAACUUGUUUCUUUGUCCUCUAUAAUUACUGUGACCUGGAGGUUAUGAUUAGAGGCUUGAUUGGGUUUCAGAUUAAACAUUUUUAAAAGACUACUUCAUAGAUAGUAUCAUGUACUUAAUAUUGUAAAAUAUCAGGUGGCCUACAAGUGAAACUAUGUUUUAUCCUUUGAUUCAUGUAUUGACCACCAGCUCCUUCCAUUGUAUGGGUGAAUUUUUUCUUUGCAAUUAAAUAAGUAAUCCAUGGAAAGUCAUGUUGGAAAUUUAAACAGUCUUCUGUAUUCUAUUUUUAGAGAUGGGUUAUUACUAUGUUGCCCAGGCUGGAAUUCAGUGGCUAUUCACAGACAUAAUAUAGCACACUACAGCCUUGAACUCCUGAGCUCAGGCAGUCCUCCUGCCUCAACCUCUGGAGUAGCUGGGACUAUAGGCACACAGUGCUACACCCAGUUACUUAAAGAAAUUAAGAUGAAAAUCCUCAUCUUUUAUAUUUACCCAUAUAUUUACUAUUUCCCAUGCUGUUUCUUUCCAGAGAUCUGAAUUUUUCUCCGGCAUCAUUUCCCUACAGUUUGAGGAACUUAACUUAGCAUUUCUUGGAGUGAACGUCUGCUGGUGAUGAGUUUUCCUAGUUUCUUUUACUGAAAUGCCUUUAUUUUUUAAGGAUUUCUUCUGGCUAUAGAAUUCUGGGUUGGCAGUUUUUUGGAGAUAUAUGAAUAUAUGUGUUUGUAUAUGCACACACACAAAGAAUACACCCACAUAUAUAUACUCGUAAAGAUAUAUAUAUUGUUUCAUGUAUGUAUAUAUAAAUCACUGACUUCUGGUCUUCAAGUCUCCAUAGAUUACAAGAAGAAGUCAUUUGAAUUGUUUUUUCUCUUAUGUAAUGUGUCCUUUUUCUCUGGGUGCUUUCCAGAUUUUCUUAUUACCUUUGGUUUUCAGCUGUUUGAGUAUGAUGUGCCUAGGUAUGGUUUUCUUUGUGUUAAUUCUGCUUGGGGUACUCUGAGCCUCUGAAAUUGGUACACAUGUGCCUUUCACCAAAUUCCAGAAAUUCUUGGCCAUUAUAUCUUCAAAUAUUUUUUCUGGAUUUACUGUACUCAUACGUUAAAUCUUUUGGUACUGUCCCACAGGUCACUGUCUUUGUCAUUUAUCUUCAGUAUUUUUUUUCUGUUCUUCAGCUUGGACAACUUCUGUUACUCUAUUUUCAAGUUCACUUAUUCUUUUUUUCUGUCAUUUCAGUUCUGCUGCUAAGCCUAUCAAAUUGUUUAAUUUCAGAUAUUACAUUUUUCAGUUCUAGAAUUUUCCUUUAGUACUUUUACAGUUCCUAUUUCUGUACUAAGAUUGCCUACUUCUUCAUUGCAUGCAUCUUUUCACAAGGCUUUUCAGUCCUGUUAAAAUCCUCUAUAUAUUGAUUCAUGCUAGAAAAAUAUAUAAAAUCAUUAUUAUGAACUUAUACUGUGAAAAGUUUUCAUUUCAAUGAAUGUUCCUAUUUUCACUAGGUCACGAAAAAAAAGCUUUCCUUUCCUUGGAGUUUCAGAUUUUGUUUAUUCAUAUGCAAUGUGAUACUGGUGAGAAAAACAAUCACUGUCUUCUUUUUCCCUUAUUAUUAAAUAUUUGGAAAACUUUCUUUAAAGAAAAUCUUGAACUGGAGUUCAAAGUACGAGAAAUCUUUGUAAAUGUCUUACACCAUUAAACAGAUGAGCAUUGGGAAAGAACAUAAGAUAAAUUGUUCUCUAUUUCUUUUUUGUUUUGUUUUAUUUUUUUUAAAUGAGACAGGGUCUCGCUC